AUGGGCGUCAAACAGUUCUUCAAGGAUCGGUCCUUGCGACAGAAGGAUAACGUACGAACGAACGCCGCCGAGCUCACCCUGAAGGAGUCGCUCUUCCCCAUCUUCCUGGUCACCAUCCUAUUCUUCCUUUGGGGUUUCUCGUAUGGUUUACUCGACACCCUCAACAAGCAUUUCCAAACUACCCUUGGUAUUACCAGAGCCAGAUCCUCCGGCUUGCAGGCUGCUUACUUUGGUGCCUAUCUCUUUGCAAGUCUCGGUCAUGCAGCAUGGAUUUUGAGACACUGGGGCUACAAGGCGACCUUCGUCUUUGGCCUCUUCCUCUACGGCCUCGGCGCCAUCAUCGCGAUCCCCUGCAUCAUCGCCAAGAGCUUCGGCGGCUUUUGCGCCGCCAUUUUCGUCAUCGGUAACGGCCUUGGUGCUCUCGAGACGGCUGCGAACCCGUACAUCACCGUCUGCGGCCCUCCUAAGCACAGCGAGAUCCGAAUCAACAUUUCACAGGCCUUCAACGGUAUCGGCACCGUCGUGGCCCCCGUCAUGGGAUCAUACGUCUUCUUCAACUUCGACGACGAGCGCGCUCUGAAAAAUGUCCAGUGGGUGUACCUCGCGAUUGCCGUCUUCGUCUGGUCCCUCGCCAUCGUCUUCUGGCUCUCGCACAUUCCCGAAAUUACCGAUGCCGAUAUGGAGUUCCAGGCUGCUGAGACGCACGCCAACACCGACAAUCAGUCGUUUUGGAAGCAAUAUCGUCUGUUCCAUGCGUCCUUUGCGCAGUUCUGCUACACCGGUGCCCAAGUCGCCAUUGCUGGCUUCUUCAUCAACUAUGUAGUUGAGCUUCGAGACAAUACGGAUGCGACUCUGGGUGCGAAGUUUCUCGCCGGCGCUCAAGCGGCUUUUGCGGUUGGUCGUUUCGUCGGUGUCGGCAUCAUGCACUACGUCAAGCCCCGCUGGGUUUUCAUCGCCUUCCUCACUUGCUGCGUCAUCUUCAUCGCUCCAUCCAUCGUCCACCAUGGCAACACCGGUAUGGCAAUGCUCUACAUUGUCCUAUUCUUUGAGUCCAUUUGCUUCCCGACUAUUGUCGCGCUGGGUAUGAGAGGUCUCGGAAGGCAUUCGAAGCGAGGCAGUGGCUUCAUCAUUGCUGGUGUCUCUGGAGGUGCCGUUGUGCCUCCUUUGCUCGGAGUUGUUGCCGAUAACACAAACAUGGGAACCGCCAUGGUCAUUCCUCUCAUCUUCUUCGUUUUGGCGUGGAGUUAUGCCUUCGCCGUCAACUUCGUCCCUGCCUACAGAAACGUCGUUGAUGCUUUUACCACUACCGAGGUUGGCAUCAGACCGGUUGAGGAAGAGAAGGGGGGCAUCGAGGCCAUUGAGGAGAAAAACACUGUCCCUACGGUGCGAUGA